AUGAAAGAAAUUAUAAAUUUACUAAAAAGUCUACAAAAAGGGGACAAGAUUCGUUUAAAUGUUCUUAUAAUGAUAUCUGUUAGUCAGGCAAGGCAUAUAGAUCCCCUUGGAAAAAUAAUACUUGCAUAUUACAAAGAUUGUUCUAACAAAGAAGCCAUUAGGUGGUUUCUUGAGACAAUCUGUGAAAAAGAUGAAAAUUAUUUAGAAUUUUUUUCUAGAUAUUCUAAAAUAUUUGAAGGUGUAAAUGACAAAUUAUCUUAUUUACUUAGAGAUUAUAAAAAAGUGAAGAGAGUAAAAUAUCACGAAUCUACUCCAUCUGAAAUUAAAACUAAUAUUGUAAAUAAAGAAGUAAUUAAAGGCAAGCAUAAUGAACCUGCUUUACACAGCAUCUUGUAUGAGAAAAUACAAUGUAAAUUAUGUGGGUUAAGAUACAAAGAAAAUGAUCCCUCGUAUGAUGUACAUAUAGAAGAUCAUAUGAGAAAAAAUAGGGCAAGAAAUGAAAAAGAUGUUUUUAGCAGAGAAUAUUUUUCAACUUUUGAUGGAUGGAUAAAAAAUAUGGAAAGAAUAACUCUAAAUCUUAAGAUUGAUAAAAUCGAAAAAGUGAUUUACAAAGGAGGCACAGUACAUUGUAAAGUGUGUGGAAAUAAAAUCGAAGCACUUUGGGAUGAAGAAGAGGACGAGUUUGUGUUAAAUGAAUGUGUACAAUUAGACGAAGAUGAAUAUUGUCACAAGGCUUGUGUCAUCUAA